AUGGAGAGGCUUGAAGAUGCGGAAGCUCGUGGAGCAACGAUUCUCGCGGAAGUCUUGGGAUAUGGAAUAUCUUCUGAUUGUUAUCAUAUUUCUACUCCUGAUCCAUCAGCCAUUGGAGCUGUUCUUUCGAUGAGAAGAGCAAUUGGAAAUGCUAAUUUGGAUCCGAUUCAAAUUGGAUAUGUAAAUGCUCAUGCUACAUCUACCCCUAAUGGAGAUAGUGUGGAAGCGGAAGCAGUUCGUAAAGUAUUUCCAAAUCUGAAUAUGUCGGUUAGCAGUAUCAAAGGACACAUUGGACAUUUACUCGGAGCAGCUGGAUCCGUUGAAGCAAUUGCAACGAUUUGUGCAAUGAAUGAUAGUAUGAAACCAGGGAAUCGGAAUCUGGAGGAGAGUGAAGAAGACGUCGGAUUGAAUCUUCUCCGAGAAAAUCAGAAGUGGGAGGAGCCUAAUGGUCAACCGAGGAUUUCGAUCUGUAAUUCAUUUGGAUUUGGAGCGACGAAUGCUAGUCUAAUUUUGAAACAAUUUUAG